GGAAGAUUUUCGCAAGAACAGAUAAGAAGUUUUAAGUUGUUUGAAAAACUUAUUCUGGAAAGUGGCGUUACUAAGUUUACUACUUUGGUUUAUUCUCAUUUUAAAGAUUCAGAAAUUCAGACAAGUGUAAAGAAGAUCAAUGCAUUGCUUAGUGAAAGCAAUAUAAUUAGAGAGAUAAUUAAGUCAUACAACAGUAUUAUACAUGUAGAUAAUUCACCAAUACCAGUGAUAGUGCGGGAAGAUAAUCAGCAAGAAAUAGAAAAAAAAACAAAGAAAAUUUCCAUAAGUGAAAAUAAAAGAAAAAAAGGAAGGGAAAAAGUGCUAAAACAUUUAGAAGAAAAACGUCAAGAAUGUCAACAAAAGUACGAAGAAGAAGCUUAUAAAUUAAAAGAAUGA